AUGACCGUCCAGGCGAGGAGAUCAUCCGCCGCCUACAACAAACCCUCGCCCUAUAGCUCGCGAACACACGAUAGCGAUGUCGAGAAACAACCUAUUGGCCGUCACCCGUACCGCCAUCAUCGCCGCAGCGAUGACUCCGAUAGCGACGAGUCCGACAGCGACGACUCUGCCGGUCCCGAACACUCCUCCACAUCGUACCGGCCCAUGAUGAGUGGCGCGGGUCUGCGUCGUGCUCAGGCGGGCGUGGGCUUUCGUGUGCCCCAGCGAAUAAUGCGAUGGCUCUGUUUUGCCCUUUUCGCCGCGCUCGUUUGCUUCAUCCUCACCCUCUUCCGGUUUACGAUUUCCUCGUCCGUAUCGCAGGUGUCGGUCGAACUGCCCAAGGUCGUCUCGAAUAAACCGCCACAAUGGGAGAGCUUCCCAAUGCUCAGCCGCUACCAAGGGGGCCUGUCAAAACUGGUCUCGCGCAAGGAUAAUGUCCCUGAAUACCCCGGUGAUGGUGCGGAAGGCCUCGCGCUGCCGCGGGACGAGACUGGCGAGCAGGAAGAGAACCACCUGAAGACUAGGGAUCUGAAGCCGUCGCUGACCAGCUCUGUAUUCAAUCCCUACCCCGAUUACAACUCUCCCGAAUACAUCAAGAGAUACGGAGAGAAGCGCGAAUGCUUCUUGGAUCCAGACAACAAAAUCAGGGUACCGUACGUGCAGUCUUUCCCCGGUGUCCCCGAAGGAUUCCCAGACCCGGUUAUGGGAUCGAACUCGAUGCUGGGAAUCCGAGACGAUAUGUGCUUUGAUCGAUUUGGCCGUCUUGGCCCAUACGGAUUGGGAUACGGAGUGAAAAAAGGUGGCAUUGGUGCUGGUCUCGAGGGUCACCGCGACGGCGCCGAGCGCAUUUGGGAGGAUAUCCCCCCAGUGGACUUCCGAGGUGUGGAUUGGGCUGGUGCGCAGAACCGCUGUCAUGCUGCUAACCGCCACCGCUUCAAUGAGCUGCCCGAGCCGCGCCUGAACAAGUUUGUUUCGAUGCCUGUUGGUGUUCCGAAUGUGAAGAUUCCGACUAUCGAGGAUAACCGCAAGUCUGAGCCUCAGGUUGGCUCGGAACGUUUAUCGAAAACGGCUGUGGUUAUCCGAACAUGGCACGACUUCCGUUAUACCCCGGAGGACAUUAUGUACUUGCGCUCCGUGAUCUCGGAGUUGUCGCUCCUUUCUGGUGGCGAGUACACCAUUCACUUCCUCAUCCAUGUCAAGAACCCCGAUCUUCAGAUUUGGUCCGACGAUGAAACUUAUCAGCGUGUUUUGAACGAUGCAUUGCCUGAGGAGUUCCGCGGCAUGGGAACACUCUGGUCGGAGCAACAGAUGGCCUUGAUGUAUCCUGCUUUGGAGGAGACAUUGACUCGUGGAUUGCCCAUUCACGGCGUCUACCGCAGUACAUACAUGCCCAUGCAAUACUUCGCCUUCCAACACCCCGAAUACGACUAUUUCUGGAACUGGGAAAUGGAUGCCCGCUACACCGGUCACUGGUACCACCUCUUCGAUAAGGUCGCGGAGUGGGCCAAGCAGCAACCGCGCAAGGGUCUCUGGGAACGAAAUGCCCGAUUCUAUGUCCCCUCCGUUCACGGAUCCUGGGAUGACUUCCGUCACACCGUUCGUGUGCAGACAGAGAGCGGCACCAACAGUCCGAAUAACAUGUGGACCCCGGUGAAAGCUGGCGCCGAUGGAGAACGACCCGGUAGCAUCAUGAAUCAUCAGCAAGGUGACAAGCCCGUCUGGGGUCCUGAGCGUCCCGAUGAGCGUGAUAUCUUCGAGGUUGAAGGCGAGGGUAUCCCACCUACCACCAUGGAGAAGGACCAAUACACGUGGGGUGUUGGCGAAGACGCCGAUCUGAUCGUUUUCAACCCCCUGUACGAUCCCGAGGGCACCACCUGGCUGCUCCGGGACGAUGUCACUGGCUACAACAAAGAGAACGGCAUGCCCCCACGCCGUACCGCGAUCAUCACCGCAUCGCGCAUCUCUCGCAAGCUCCUCACCACUAUGCACCGCGAGUGCAGUCUCAAGCGCCACAGCAUGUUCUCUGAGAUGUGGCCCGCGUCCACAGCUCUUCACCACGGAUUCAAGGCCGUUUACGUCCCACACGCUGUCUACAUUGACCGACGAUGGCCCACUCGCUACCUGGAAUCCGUCUUCAAUGCUGGCCGCAAUGGUGCCUCUGGCGGAGCCCGCACAUCAAUCUUCGGUGAUCGCGAGCACAACUUCCGGGGUACCACCUGGUUCUACUCUGCCGGCUUCUCGCCCAACCUCUGGCGUCGCUGGCUCGGCCUGCGUGUCGACAAUGAUGGUGGCGAGCAACAAGAACUGGCUGGCGAGGGCCGCAUGUGUCUGCCUCCGAUGCUGCUACAUCCCGUUAAGGAUGUGUCGAUGGUGAUUGACGACGGGGAGCACGCCGAGGAUCGAUGA